UCAAAGAAAGUAUUCUCCAUAGUCAACACAUGAGCAGAUCUGUACCAGCUCAGUGAAAGCCAGAUACAUUGUUCCGUGCAAGAAUGAAGACUUUGCAGACUACUUUUUUUUUGUUUGUGUUUGUACCUUUGGUAAAUUCAGCACCACCUAUACAGCAAGAAUCACUCCAGUUUUAUGAGUAUGAUACAGAUGUUACCAUGGGAAGCCUGAUCCAACAAGAUUAUGAAAUGCAAUCCAAGGAUAUAAGAAAGGAUGGAACAAAUGUUUCUCUUGACACUUCCCUAAGACUGCAAGGGGAUGACAGCGAACGCAAUGUACCACCAACAAAGGAUACAAAUUUACCUACUUGCCUGCUCUGUGUGUGUUUAAGCGGAUCAGUGUACUGUGAGGAAAUAGACAUUGAAGCUGUACCCCCACUGCCAAAGGAAACAGCGUAUCUUUAUGCACGAUUUAACAAAAUAAAAAGGAUAGCAGUCUCAGAUUUUGCUGACAUUACCACCUUGAGAAGAAUUGAUUUUAGCGGAAACAGGAUAGAAGAAAUAGAAGAUGGAGCCUUUUCAAAGCUUCUGUUAUUGGAAGAACUUUCUCUUGCUGAAAAUCGACUUCUAAAACUUCCUGUUCUACCUCCCAAACUAACAACAUUUAAUGCAAAUCAAAAUAGAAUCAAGAGCAGAGGAAUCAAAGCAAAUGCUUUCAAGAAGUUGACAAAUUUGGCCUACCUCUACUUAGGACAUAACGCACUGGAAUCUGUUCCCCUUAACUUACCGGAAAGUCUGCGUAUUCUUCACCUUCAGUACAACAAUAUUACUACAAUCACCGAUGACACAUUCUGCAAAUCUAAUAACACACGUUACAUCCGCACACAAAUGGAUGAGAUAAGGAUGGAAGGCAAUCCAAUCCUCUUGGCAAAGCACGUUAAUGCUUUUUCCUGCUUGAGAACACUGCCUGUAGGAACAUACUACUAGCCACUGCUUACGUAAUUAUACAUGCCAAAACUUUAACGUGGUAACAAAAGAUCAUUCUUUUUCCUCUGCUUACAUGUUUAUAU